AACCCAGUGGAGCCGCAUUGCGUCACCGGCCUGCUGUGUCCGUGUUAUUGGAAAACACGCGUGUCUGUGUGAGGAAGUCACGUGAUGGUGUUGAAACGCAGAACUCGCCCCGGCGAACGAGAAACGGCGUGGCUUAGUUGCAAUAUUAUAGUGAAGAGUUAGCGUAACAUUGCUUCAUAACAAACAUUUCACGUAGUUUUGUUUUGUGAGAAGCUGGUUCAGGAAGUAGACAGAAAAGCAGCCCACGGACGCACUGAACAACUUUUAAAAAAUGAGGUGCUUUAGGUUUAGAGUAAAAAACAGCGAAGAGCAGCAUGGUCGAACCCGAGCCCAAACUUCAGUUCCAGCUCUCCAUGCUGAUUUUUAACCAGAGAAAGAGGAGGAAGAAACGCUUGGUUUGAAACCCACAGAUAAGGGAGGCUGUGUCGUGCAGAGAGAGAGAGAAAGUAAGAAAGAGAGACGCAAGCUUCUAGAAAGCGGACAAUGGCUUUCGGUCCCUACCAGCUGCAGCUGCUGGAGAGGAGGCCAGAGCUGGUCUCGGAUUGGAGCAAGGAGAUUGAGACCAUCCUGGACGCUUUGCAGGGAAAGCGCAUCAUUACGGAGGAGGAUCUGAGCCGAAUUAAUGGCGACAGUUUGGGGAAAAGGGACAAAAUGAGAAAUCUGCUGGAUGUGCUGCAUGGAAGGGGGGAGGAUGCCUGUAGCGGCUUCGUUGCUGAACUGAAAAUCUUAGCCUGUGUCAAAUCUGAGCCUCCAAGCGCCAAUGGCAGCUGCUUCAGCAAGAGAGCUCCGUGCACGAUGCAGAGUAAUGCAGAGCUCAGGAGUGGGGACACCCAAGUGGAUAAGCCAGACGAGAUAAACCAAGGUACUGGAAUGCUGGAUUCGAUGCAGGAGGCUGAAAGCCAGCUGAGCCCUCUGAAGAAGCACCAGGAGAUUCUAGCGAAUGACUACGGGAAGGUCGUGGAUUAUAUAAGCACGAGCCGGCAAAGCGAGGACCUGGAGGAGAGGUACACAGACAUCACUGUCACGAGAAAGGAGAGCUACGCGGAGCAGAGGCAGCACGAGGUGACGGAGGUGGGCAACGCCUUCAAAAAACUGGAGUGGGAAUCUUCGGGGAACCUGUGCGAGUUCAGGACCAUUUUCCGGAAUUUGCUGCAGCUGGACGAAGGCGUCACUCUGCUCUGUGGAGUGGCUGGCAGCGGGAAGACAACCGUCACCAAAAAGCUCAUCCAAGAAUGGGCUAAAGACCCUCAGCCUGCUAAGAUUGUCUUCGUCUUUACUUUCCGAGAGCUGAAUCUCAUCACUGACCCCAAAAGCUUGAAGGAGCUGCUCUCCUCUCACUACAGCCACCUGAAGCCAGUUCUGAGUCAGAUCUUGGCCGAUCCCUCCCGAAUCCUCUUGAUCCUGGACGGGUUGGAUGAGUUCCGAUUCCCCUUGGUAUUUGAGAAGACCCCGAAAUGCACAGAUCCGGAUAUUCCCCAAAGGGUCAGCGAGGUGGUGGUGAAUCUGCUCAACCGAAACCUGUUGCCUGGUUUGUCUGUCCUCGUCACUUCCAGGCCUCACGCCGUCUGCAAAAUCCCGCAGAAGCACGUCGGUAAUUUCUACAAGAUCUUGGGCUUUUCCGAGUCCCAGCAGAAGGAGUACUUCCGCAAGAGUAGUCCGACUCCAGAGGCGGCCGAGGAGAUUUGGGGUUACAUCUCGGCCCACCGACCUCUCUUCCUGAUGUGCCAUAUUCCGGCUUUCUGCUGGAUCGCCGUGACGGCCCUGCGGGAGAAGGUGGCUUUCACGGAAACGAGAGAAAACCUGACCACCGUCACCGAGAUCUACUGCAGGUUCCUCAAAGCCAUACUGGUGUUUCACGGAGACCAAAAAGCCGGCUCGCACAUCCAGAGCCUGCUGGCUGCCCCGGAAUCCUUGAGCAGCUUGAGGAGGCAUCUCAAGGACUUGGGUGCCCUGGCUUUCAAAGGGUUAAUAGAGAAGAGGUUUAUCUUCGACCAGGCAGACCUGAGCAGCUUCGCGGUGGACCAGGGUGGCUUGUCCUGCAUGUUUCUGGUGGAGAUCUUGAAGGAGGACCAAGACCGCUUCACCUACGAGAGGAGCUAUCACUUCGUCCACACCAGCCUGCAGGAGUUCUUCGCUGCUCUUUAUUAUGUGCUGGAGUCCCACACCGGCAGGGAUCCCUUCUCCUGCCUCAAACCUGCUCCCCUCCCAGACCCCUGGGGUCUCGUGGCCAGGGCUCACAGGCUCCUGGGAGUGAGGAAGGUCCUCAGGAAGAGAGUGAAGGACGUCUUCUGCUGGAGCCACCAGCUGCAGUCUGGACACCUUGACCUCUUCUGCAGGUUUCUGUCGGGUCUGCUGGUGCCCAGAACCUGCCGAAUCCUGGAAGGGAUCUUCUCCCCCCGGCAGAUCGAAGCCACGCUCUGCCUCCAGUUCCUCUUCAGGCUGCUGCAGAAGCAGCUGAGCAGCGCGGCCCUGUCCUCGGAGCGGCUGGUGAACGUGUGUCACUGCCUGUACGAGGCCCAGGACCCCGCUAUCAGGGACAGGGUGGGCCGGCUGCUGGAGCGGGCCUCCCAGGGAGAGGAGGAGCGCCGCCCCGGGGACUGGACAGAGAUGGCCUUCCUCCUGCAGAUCACCAGCGCCCUGGAGGAGCUGGACCUGGAGAACAGAGGGCUGGGGCCGGAAGGGGUCCGCCGGCUGCAACCAGUGCUGCCCUUCUUCAAAACACUCAGGUUUGGACAGAAUCCCCUGGGAGCUGAAGGAGCCGCCCUGCUCGCUGAGGUGCUGAAGAGCCCAGACUGCAAGAUCGAGAGGCUGUGGGUGGUGGGGACAGGUCUGGGAUCGGAGGGGGUUGCGAAGCUGUGUGAGGGACUGCUGAAGAACAGCAGCGUGGUGGAUUUGAGGAUGGCCAUCAAUAACAUCGGUGACGAGGGCGCUGCCUCUCUCGCGGAAGUGCUGAAGAGAAACAAGACUUUAAAAGACAUCAGGUUACGUGACAACAUGAUCACAGACCGAGGGGCGGAGCUCUUAAUGCAGGCUCUGCAGGAGAACAGCACUCUGGAGGACCUCUGGCUCUACGACAACAAAAUUUCCAAAAACGGAGUCCGGGUGCUAAAGGAGUUUGCAAAGGCUCGGGAGGGACUGGACAUCAAGAUCUGCACCUGACUCACUAACAUCACUGGAACCUGCUCAGACCCUGCCCCCUGACAUAUCUGGAACCUGUGCUCAAGCCCCGCCCCUGGCAUCACUGGAACCUGUGCUCAAGCCCCGCCCCUGACACCCCUGGAACCUGUGCUCAAGCCCCGCCCCUGACACCACUGGAACCUGUGCUCAAGCCCUGCCCCUGACAUCACUGGAACCUGUGCUCAAGCCCCGCCCCCUGACACCACCGGAACCUGUGCUCAAGCCCCGCCCCUGACAUCACUGGAAUCUGUGCUCAAGCCCCACCCCCUGACACCACUGGAACCUGUGCUCAAGCCCUGCCCCUGACAUCACUGGAACCUGUGCUCAAGCCCUGCCCCUGACACAGUUUACCAUGGUGUUUUUUAAUACUCUUUACAGUACCUCUCUGGACUUCACAAUGCUUCCCUGUGCUUUACCAGGCUUUCACUCUACUUUAUUAUACUUUGCUAUGAUUUGACUAUGGGGGCUGGUUUGCUCUUUCUUAAUAACUAGCUUCCCUGCGGAUCCCCGAUGUCUCCCAUAAGAGAUUAUUCAUGACACUCCCAUCUCCACACCAGCCAACCAUGCAUACACUGAUCACCCUGUCAGGCGAGACCAUGUGCACCCACUACAGUGCAAUCCCCUUGAGAUUCUGUUCAGAGCAGACAGAGAGCCAGCGUUCACUGGCCAGGCUGGAGAGGGUUCUAAAAGCAUUGCAAUUCAAAUGAUGCUUGAUAACUAUAGGUCAGAAGUCAGGUUGAACGCCCUUGUUAGCGUUGGCUCUGUGAUUGCUGUGAGCUCAGAGAGUCCUUGCACAGGAGGAAGAGUUGCUGCUUACAAAGCACCCAGUCUGACAGGCUCCAGUACAGAACCUCCUUCACUUUGUGGAUCUGCGUUUUAUUGAAAUGAUGUUGCUUUGUGUUUUGUGGUCAUGAAAAGUAAGGGACUCUGACCACUGCUUCAGCCAACCACAGUGCAAACGUCCCUGCAGAGCUCUGCCACUGCAGUGCAUGACGGAGCAGGGAGGCACUGCCAUUGCAACGUGCCAGAGUGUGAUCAGGGUUAAUGCACCCCCUGUGCCACCUGCUUACACACUGUACUGCAAGAUCUAUUUAAAUGGUUCCUUUUAAUGUUACUAACUUAUAGAUAAAAUUGCUGUUUCUUUCUGUAAACCAUUAAAUUAUGUUUUUUUUUAAGUGUUAUUUCAUGUAAUAUAACAGGCAUUGUAACUUAUGUUACCAAGCAUCAGCAAACACUGUUUAUUAAUUUUACAGUUUAAAGUGAGAACGUUUGGAAGUCGUGUGAAGGUGCUGUUUGGUGGGUGACUGCCCUCUGGUGAGGUUUCUCAGUCAGUGCAGUUCAUUUCUAGAUGGUAUUGAUGUGGUACAUGGCCACAGCCCACAGAUAAAAACCUCCAACCUCCA